AUGGCUACCGCUUCAUCAGACCGCAAACCUGUUCCAGACCGAGCCGAACAUGACGCCUGGUUUCCAUCACCAUACUCACUGACGCAGUAUGUCUCUCCAAAGACCGACUUCGACGGUGCAGACUACCCGAACGCGUACAAGGGCGAUAAAUGGCGAAUUCUCAUGAUUGCCACACAAGAGCGUUACUUAAAAAUGGCUGGUGGCGAGUUUUUCUCAACAGGCAAUCAUCCCGUCGAGAUGCUUCUCCCCGUACUUCACCUCGAUGCUGCCGGCUUUGAGGUGGAUGUCGCCACAGUUUCUGGCGAUCCAGUCAAGUUGGAAAUGUGGGCUUUCCCCCAGGAAGAUGAGGCAGUUAAGAACAUCUUCGAAAAGUACAAGGAUAAGUUGCGUCAACCACUUAAUUUGGAGUGUGUUUGGGGUGAUGGAUUCACAAAAGAUACACCAUAUAUUGGUGUCUUUAUCCCCGGCGGACAUGGCGUUCUGAACGAUAUUCCCUUCUCACCCACCGUGGGCAAAAUCCUUAGAUGGGCAGAUGCACAUCAACGCUAUCUUAUCUCACUUUGUCACGGACCAGCUGCGAUGUUAGCCGCGAAUGUGGGCAAGCCUGAAGGGAGUAAAUUUAUCUACUCUGGAUAUGAGAUCGAUGUCUUCCCCGACACGCUUGACUCAGGCGCCAACAUCGAUAUUGGGUAUAUUCCCGGGAAGAUGUCUUGGCUCGUUGGUGAGGAGCUUCGCAAGCUAGGUGUCACUCCUCUCAACAAGAAAAUCACAGGAGAAACACAUCGCGAUCGUUAUGUUCUCACAGGGGAUUCGCCCCUAGCUUCGAACAAUCUAGGCAAGCUAGCAGCUCGUACUAUCCUCAACGAGCUCCCACAGCAUCCCUAA